GUAUAGCAGCUAUCGCUUAGCAAUGUGUGAUAGCUCACUAGCUGUGCAAGCUCGCAACUGAUAUAGUGACAUUACAUACAAGCAUUGAGGAGUACUCGCGGGACGAAUCAAUGGGUAGCUGAAGUGACCACGACAAUAUCUGCCCUUGGGAUUCUCCGCCAUAUUUGAGACACGAUUUCAGCAUUGAUUAUCUUUUCAUGUGACGGAAUCUUAGAUUCUUAUUGUAAGAAGUCGUAACUAUGGAAAAUUCCACCAUUAAAGGUUCGGAGGAGCUAGACCCUUGGGAUGCUGAGUUUGAGGUCGAAGAUACUUCACCUGCUGAAGAUUUAAAAGAUGAAAAGAUGAAAGAUGAAGAAGACGAGGUCAAAGAGGCUGAUGAAGGAUCACCUUCAACAGAAGUCCUCAAUAAACAGGAAAAUUAUCCAGUUGAUAGCCCUGAUAUUGCAGUGUCAAGAUCACCAAAGCCCAAGAAACCCAAGAAGGACAAAAAGAAAAAGAAUGCAAAGAAGAAAGAUAUUGAGACCUUGAACGGUGAAAUGGAGAAUUUGGAGAUGGGUGGCAUUGGGGAGGAUGGUGGGAAUGAUGAGGAAGAUGAGGAGCUUGAAAAAGAGAUCCAGAUGACUGCCCCUGAUGCCGACGGACAAACCAGGAACAGCUUAUUCGAGAAGGGGGUGCAGCUGGACAGGAAGAAGAAGAAAGAUCUGGCUCUAAAGUGUUAUCUACGCUGUUUGAAUGGUCUCCGAGAUGAUACAGGAUUUACAUAUGUCCCCCAGUGUUUGCACAAUAUUGCCGAUAUCUAUUAUGGAAAAGAGGAAUUUGACAAGGCUGUCCAAUUCAUACAAGCAGAGAAGAUGUACUAUGAAACUGCUUUGAUUGAUACAUCAGAACUUCAGAAAAAGUUGGAGGAAAAGCAGAAGGAGAUUGUAGAAGAGGGUGAUGAUGAUGAUGAUCCUUUGGCAUCAACAUCUGAAGCCCUGCGGGCCACAGAAUACCACCACCUGGCUCAGCUCUGCUUAGACAAGAAGCAACCACAGCUUGCCCUGGAAUACUGUGGAAAGGCGACAAAGUUGCGGCAGCAGGUAUAUGGGGAAAACCACCCAAUUUCUUUGAAGACUUUGGAUUUCUUUACUAUUGUUUAUGCAGAGGCAGGAAAACAGCAAUAUUCUGAUUCAAUGAAGAAGUUCACAGAAGAAGAUCUCGUAAACUUGACGGACUUGAGGCUAUCGGGCGGGGACGUUGACGGCCUGAGGAAGCGUCUGAAUCGAACAACCAACAAAAGUGUCAAUAAAUCAGAAGAUAAGAAAGUUCACUUUGAAGAGCCAGCCGUCCAAUUCAAGCCUGAUGAGGAGCAAAUGUCUCGGACGCUGCUGUGGAUCUUCUUCUUAAUCUCGACUGCCGUUUUAGCCGUUCUCGGCAUCUACCUUUACUGCCGCCUGAACCAUCGAUCACCGUCAUGCCACAACUUUGGAACUACCCUGUCCUAUUACUACGCGCGGAUGAAGUACUUUUAUUAUUACUACACUUCGUCUGAUACAGACACGUAUGGCUAGAUCAAUAGAAAGUAAUUUUAGAUCAGCUUUGUUUAUGCAAUGCCUUAAAUGCCUUUAGCGAGAGAUAAAAUUAAUCGUUGGGAAUGCUGAUGUAUGGCAAAUAUGCAAGAGGUCUUGUAAAUUCUAAGGCCAAGUUCGAUGAAAGUCCACUCUAAAAUGGAAUAUUUACAGAAAAGUCAUUGUAAUGUUUGAUCAGGUAUGCAAAAUGUGUAUAUCGGCUGAAUUCUUGGUUGAAACUCUAUGCCUGUUUUAGCAACAUGUUGCAAGCGUUUCUUAAAGAAAGCUUGUUCAUUUCAUGUUUACAUAUCAGUAUGUCAUAUUUAAAAGAAAUGUACUUGUUAUUGUGGUAUUUAUAGAUUACUGCUGAUGUUAAACUGCUGUUACGAAUCUCACACCUAGUUAUUGUUGUGUAUAGGGAAGGUAUAUUGUCACAUAUAGAUCAUGUGGUUGAUAGAAAUGGCAUUUCUGUAUCUGUGUCUGUUCUUUGUCAACAUUGAUAAUUUGUGAUAGAUUUUUCAAGGGCAUUUGUAUGAAGGUGCUCUGUGCACACUUUACUCUCCAUAUCAAAGAAUGGUGGAAAUUAAUUUUCUGUUGGCAUAACUUUGUGGGAUACCGGAGUAGUUUGUACAAAUACAUGUAUGAAUGAUAUUUGUUAUACUUAUAUUAGAGUUCUACUUUGGCAGAAGGCUUAAUCGGCUUAUGCAAAACUAGAGUCCGUUUAUUGUUAUCUUGAUAGUCACUGUUGCACAUUCCAUGUCUGUAUAAACUGUUACACUGCUGAUUAUUUUGCACUAGUCGUAGCCAAUGAUCGAAGGAACUGACCCAUUGUCCAAAACUAGCAAGAACUUGAAAGUGGUACGGUGUCGGUUUUUUUCGUCUCGAGAAAGUUGGCAAAUACCACAAUGAGGUUGAUGCAUAAUUAACUGCACUAGGGCAGUGUAUAUUUGAGGCACUAGUAAAUACAAUGAGCGCGAACGACGUAUCCUUUAAAACUAAAUAUUCCUUUUUGUCCCGCCAAUGGUUCCAAACCACUAUUCUGAUGAUCUCGUGUUGUAUAUGGAUGCAACCUAGGUUUGUAAAGAACCAUGUAAUAUGACCUAGCAGCUGGUCUGCACUUUGGUCCAAGUUAAUACUAAGAUUAGCUGUUAUUCAAAACUGCCAAAUAACAUUAUUAAGGUAAUGAUUCUCUGCCACUUUUCAAAUGAUUGCCACUUUAAAAGGGUGGCUGAGUAAUGCAGAAGUGACAGAAGUCAUCAACUGUAAGAAAGAAAGAUGUCCACCAUAUAUUUUUGGAAGGACUCUCGUAACUUUUAACGUCCUUCAAGUUCAAAGUUAAACAAUCACUAUUUAAUGAAAUAACUAACAUAUUUUUCACUUGUGUAUAGAGAGAAAGUCAAAAUGAUGUGACAGUUGACCUGCUGAAUACAGGGUGGUCCAAGAAAGUCUACAUUUGCUCAUAUUUGGAUUGAACUGCUCAGAAUUUGACUGCGGAGGAUUAGCCAAAUUUUAUGGCCUCAUUUGGAUUGAUUGUAGUUGGAUUUUGUUGGACACAUCUUAUCUGGCAGUAAAUGAAAUUGUUGAAAAAAGUAUGGACAUUUAAAUAGAAACAAUAUACAUUUGACAAAAUAAAUAAUUUGGUUUCAAAACAGAAAAAUGGCUGCUACUUUUUUGGACCACCCUAUAAAUAAGCUAGAUGCACUUGUAUUGAUGUAUAUUGAAUGUGAUCAUAAUUGUUUUGGAUGUCUAUGAAUAUUUUAUAAAACCCUAUUGGGUUCUAGUAAGCCUAAGUCAUGUUUGUUGCUGGUCGAAAUAGACUGUUAAUGUCUUACAAAUAAAGCUAGUCUUAUCUAUUA